AUGACCGACAAAGACUUGUGGAUGAACCGUCGGUUCAUGGGAGCGCGCCGUUAUGUGGCCCUCAAGGUCUUUUCCGCCCAAUAUAGCAACCUGGACCAGAUCUCAGUCGAGCAGAUUCUUGGUUCGCGGCACGACGACCACAAAGAGAGCCAUCCUGGCAAACGUCACGUCGAGCUGGCACUUGACAGCUUUGAGAUAAAGGGACCAAACGGGCAAACUCACCUGGUCAAAGUCCUCGAGCCUCUCGGCCCCAACCUCGCGACAGUCAUCGAGGAGGCAACAGACCGGCGCGCCGAGCUCAACGACUCCGAAGGCUGGGUCGGCAAGGCAGCGGAGGGCGACGGCUGGUCGAUCCAAUUUGCAAAAAGGGCUUGCUACCAGAUCCUCCUGGGGCUGGAUUAUCUCCAUGCUCGGCAGGUGGCACACCGAGAUGUUCGGCCGGGAAACGUCUGCCUAGGCCUGCGGAUGGAUCUUGCUGAGCUGAGCGAGAACGCUAUUCAACAAGAUGUGUGGCGGGCUGGAGAGCCGGAUCAGGACGAAUCAUCCGGUGAAGAAGGCGACGCCGGAGAUGAUGCAGCCCAGAAAGAGGGGCAGGAAUCAGACUCGGGAUCGGACUCGGAAUCAGAGGACUCGAGGCCCGUCUCGCCAAGAAUCUCAAAGAUGAUGGAACAAGCCAAGCUGUGCAGGCAACUCACCGAGCAACAGUGGGCGGAGUACAGAGCAGACCCGGGCGAUGCAUCAGCCGAGCCUCACACCCCCGCCUGGAACAAGGCCAACUUUGUCAGGUCAGCCGAGUGGAUCGAGCUCCUGCACCGCUCCAACCGCCAGCCGCCCCGGGAUGGCGAGAUCCGCUACACGGUUGCAGGAGCCCCUCUCGCGGACGAGGACGACAGCUCACACAUCUCCCCCGGUGGCGACCCCCCAAGCAAGCCGCCCCCUUUUCGUGUGGUCCUCGUCGACCUGGGGUUCGCGUGCCCGUUCUCCGAGUGCGAGAGCCGGAAGCUGGUCAACGCCCUCGCCUUUGCGCCGCCCGAGGGCCUGCUUCCCGGCAAGGACGGCAACGGCGUGCCGUGCUCGCACCGCGGAGACGUCUUCUCCCUGGGCCUGCUGUUUUGGCAUGUCGUCAUGCUGCGGCAGCUCGCCGAGCCGACGUUCUCGCUCCCCGAUGACGACAAGAGGACGCAGACCAAGAGCCAGCUGCUGCGUGACUUGGCUCAGCGUAUCGGUCCGUUCCCCGCGGAGCUGCGCUCGUCUUGGGCCGACGCGGACCGGUUUGUCGAUGGCGAGGGCAAUGCUAUCGAUAAUCUUGCAGAGGUGCACGGCGAAGAGGUCGAGCCUGGGGACUUUGAAUACGGGGAUAUCUGGUACCAGGGGAGGCAGAGGAAGCCCCUGGACAUGUCGGAUGGUGAACUCGAGGUUUUUGUCGGGCUGGUGCUGUCCAUGCUACGGUGGCAGGCUGAAGAGCGGCCUUCCACGGCUGAGUUGCUGGAGCAUGAAUGGUUCAAAGACCUAUGCGAGCAACAAUGA